GCGAAGCUCGUGAUAGAACGGGAAGUAAAACCCUAGAAAAAAGAUAGGAGAAUAACCUAAUCCCCAGAUUGAUCAAUUGGACGAUCCAAUCUUUCACAUUUCGAUAUGUUUAACAUUGCAACGACGUUCUGCAAAAGGUUAAGCGUGAAGGAGCUUGUUACCAGCGCUCCUGUGUACGGCACAAUCACGGAUGAGUCUUCAUCCAGCUUAAGUUUGAUGCUUAAGAGGUGGGCUAGUAAAAAAACUGCUGGAUCAACUAAGAAUGGAAGAGACUCAAAACCCAAGAAUCUUGGGGUGAAGAAGUUUGGCGGUGAGAGGGUGAUUCCUGGAAACAUUAUAGUUCGCCAGCGAGGAACUCGGUUCCAUCCCGGAAACUAUGUCGGGAUCGGUAAAGAUCACACCCUCUAUGCUCUCAAGGAAGGUUGUGUGAAAUUUGAGACACAUAAGCUUAGCGGGCGCAAAUGGGUACAUAUUGAGCCCAAGGAAGGACAUGUCCUUCACCCUCUUUAUGCAACUGAUGCUGCAGGAGAGCCGAAGAUGGCCACAUAAGGUUUGCUCCAUAGUUUAUUUAGGGAAUCAAGGUUGUGUGUUCCGUGAUGAUCUUGGAUAUUUGACUAUCAAUUGUAUGAGGAUUUUCGGAGAUGCAAA